ACAGGCCGUCCGCCGAAGGCAGACCUGCGGGACCCCUCGCCGCCGCCCGCCCCAUGCAGGGGCGGAGGGGCGCCCCCCCGCGCCUGCAGAUGGCCACGGGCGCCUGCGGGGUGGUGCUGCUCUCCCUGUUGAUGGUCCCGGCGCUGCAGCGGCUCUCCCGGUGCCUCUUCUCCAUGGCCGCGGGGUCCCAUGUCCCAGGCAGCCUCUCGGCGGCCUUCGUCACCUGCCCCAACGAGACGGUGGCCAAGGACAUCGCCAGGGCUUUGGUGGAGAAGCAGCUGGCGGCCUGCGUGAACAUCGUCCCCCGGGUCACGUCCAUCUACCAGUGGAAGGGGGCGAUUGAGGAGGACACCGAGGUGCUGUUGAUGAUCAAAACACGCAGUUCCCGGGUCCCGGCGCUGGCAGAGUAUGUCCGGUCAGUGCAUCCCUACGAAGUGGCUGAGGUGAUCGCUGUGCCCAUCCAGCAGGGAAACCCCCCCUACUUGCAGUGGGUUGAAGAGGCCGUGCUCCCAGACUGAGAGGACAUGGGGCGAUCAGCCAGCCUGUCCCAACAAUAAAGCCCACCCCUGGGCCCGAGACCGUGACACUUC